AUGAUUGCCGGAAACGAUCUAUCUCCUUAUGCAACCGGCCCGAUGCCGGUGGCACAAGUAGAUCAAUCUACGGGUUACUUUCUUAACGUUGAUGAUAUUCGAAGGGAGGAAUAUCCUAUGCUUCAAGGAAUAACCUACCUCGAUCAUACAGGGACAACCUUGUAUGCCAGAUCAUUGGUUACUGCCAUUUCUCAUGACUUAACCACGAAUCUAUUCGGAAACCCACACUCUGGCUCUUCAUCUUCACAACUAUCAAGUGCGAGGAUUGACAACACAAGGAUUGAGGUUCUGCGCUUCUUGAAUGCAGAUCCUGGUCUGUUCGAUGUGGUUUUUGUUGCCAACGCCACUGCUGCCAUCAAGCUAGUCGCCGAUGCCUUCGGAGACCAUGUAGAGGGUUUCUUUUACGGCUAUCACGUCGAUUCACAUACAAGUCUGGUUGGUGUGAGGGAAUUGGCUAGGCUAGGUAGUGAAUGCUUUUCCAAUGAUGGUGUUGAGCGAUGGCUCACCGCAUCAGCUAAGCUGCCACAUUCUCAAAGGCUCCGUGCGCUCUUUGGUUAUCCAGGGCAAUCAAAUUUAUCAGGUUAUCGACCACCCCGAGGUUGGUGUUCACGCAUUUAUGAAUUGCGGAAGUUCCAUGGUCAACAAAUAUUCUCUUUAUAUGAUGCUGCUGCUCGGCUUCCUACCGCUUCCUUGGAUCUCAGUAACCCUCUUGAUGCCCCUGAUUUCACAGCUUUAAGUUUUUACAAGAUAUUUGGCCUACCUGAUCUCGGCGCCUUAAUAGUAAGGAAAGAAUGCGCAGGUGUUUUUCAGGAUCGCAAAUUUUUCGGUGGAGGGACAGUUGAUAUGAUUAUCUCACUAGAUUAUCAAUGGCACGCGAGCAAGCAAUCAUCCCUGCAUGGCCGCCUUGAGGAUGGUACUGUUCCAUUCCAUAGCAUCGCUGCCCUGGGAUUGGCGUUGAAAACACAUUCUCGACUUUUUGGAUCCAUGGACAACAUUUCCCGACAUACUUCAUUUUUAGCGCAGCAUGUGUACAACAGACUCUCUUCUUUGAGGCACGCUACGGGAGCGGCGGUGUGCCAUAUUUAUGGCCGGUCAGCGUCCGACGAGGGAGACUCCUAUGGCCCAAUGAUUGCUUUCAAUCUGCGAGAUGCCGAAGGGAACUGGAUUGGGAAGACUGAGGUUGAGAAGUUGGCGUCUAUCAAGGACAUCCAAUUUCGGACAGGCGGUUUGUGCAACCCUGGCGGUAUCGCAUCCCAUCUUGACUUGUCAGCUUCAGAGUUGAAAGCGAAUUUUGCUGCUGGCCAAAAAUGCGGAGACGACAACGACGUCCUAAAUGAUAAGCCGACUGGGGUUAUCCGCGUGAGCUUUGGAGCUAUGAGCAACCUUACAGACGCAGACAAGCUCAUUGAUUUCAUUGAAGAAUUCUUCGUUCGAGGUUGCCACAUACCACUGUUGCCUCCCUUGACGCCACCAGCAACACCGGGCACAAGCUCGUUUCGUGUACAGAAUCUCUCUAUAUUCCCAAUAAAAAGCUGUGCUGCAUUCAAUAUUCCUCCAGGGAUAGCAUGGCAAGUUCGAGACGAAGGGCUGGCUUGGGAUCGAGAAUGGUGUCUCAUCCACCAAGGUACGGGCGUGGUGUUGAACCAGAAGAAACUCCCCAAAAUGGCAAUGAUCCGUCCAUCCAUUGACCUCGAUCGACGCGUACUGAGGGUGCAGCAUAAUAUUGGCACCUCCAUGCAUAUGAUUCUGGAGAUUAGCCUUGACUCGGAAACUGACAACGAGAUCCUCGUGCAAACGUGUAAUGCCUCGAGUAUUCAAUCAGCCAUCGUAUGUGGCGGACGGCAGAAAGUGCAGAUCCUCACUCCGAGGAAGAUUGCAGACUUUUUUACGGCGGCGCUCGAAGUUCCAUGCACGCUGGCAAGACAUCAGAAACCCACUGCCGCAGAUCAAAUUGCAUGUUCUCUAUCAGAGCUAGUGACGCAAUCAAUGCCCGGAUAUUUUCCAGACCCCAAACCAAUGUCAUUACCCAAGACCACGUUCCUGGCCAACGAAAGCCCAAUUCUGCUAAUUUCGCAAAGCAGCGUCGACAAUCUCAAUCUGAAUAUUCAGGCUAGCGAUCCAGAUGCAAAGCCUGUACCAACCGAUUCGUUCCGAGGCAAUAUUGUCAUUGCGCAGGAGCCUAGCCAGAGGGCAUCCCCAUAUGUAGAAGAUCAGUGGACAUCACUCGAGAUCGGUGAGGACCCGAGCAACCAGUUCAGAGUCAUGGGGCCUUGCCAUCGAUGUCAAAUGGUCUGCGUGGACCAGCAGAGCGCCAAGAGGGGACAAGAACCUUUCACCACAUUGGCGAAGACCAGAAGGAGGGAUGGUAAGGUGUGGUUUGGAAUCCACCUCGAUCCCGCGACUGGUACGGAGAAUAGAAGGAUUGGAGGGAGGAGGUUCGUCAAAAUUGGAGAUGUGGUGACAGCGCGAUGA